AAUUGGUCUUCGAGUAGUUUUUCUUCUCCUUAUUUGGAUUUUUACGCAAUUGGUGCUUCUUGACCAGCAAAGGAACCGACUUCGGGGUGGGUGUGUCUGAACAGACCCCCCUUGCUCCAGUCCCUGGGCCCAAAUCCUCCGAAAGCACUCCCCCAUCACUGGUGCAGCCCUCAACCACUCCGGUUCAGGCUGAGACCACUAUCGAAGGAGCUGCCGGGGAUGAGGGAGGAAGAGCUGAGAAGGCGGAGGUUUCCGCCACCGCCGGUAAGGCCGUAUUGGUGGAAACAACAACUCGACCAGGUUAGUCUUGUCCUACCCUUGUUCCUUUGAUCCCUGCGUGCCAUCUUUGUAGAAGCUGAUCUUCUUGGGACAUACAGGCUCGCAGGUGCUUGUAAUAGAAGAAUCUGCGAGCGCGAAGCUUGGUGAAGCAGGUGUUGUCCCCGUCGUUGAGCAAGCAAUUCCUGAAAAUCGACCAGAAGAAACGAUGUUGCCGACGGAAGGGAUAAAAUUGUAUCAGGAAAAGAUACGUGAUUGUUAGAAAUUUUUGAAUGUAAAUAUCAAUGCAUCGAGUACUUAGCUCAUGAAAUAACUGUUGGGCUUAGUAAAUGCUCUGUGCAGGAACUAGCCGAAUAGGCCGCUGCUAAGGCCUUGGAUCUUCAACAAGCUGGAGAAGGUCUGCGGUUUUCUAUGGAUCAAGAACAACAGGUCCAAGAAGUCACGAAUCUUCGAGGAGAGCUAGAGAAGCAGAGGGCCAAGCAUGGCAAGGCAGUCGAUCUCCCGCAGAAGAAGGUAGAAGACCUUGCAAAGGAAAAGAUCUCUCUUGUAGAGAAAAAUAAGUUCCUGCAAGAAAAAAACAAAAAGAUGACCAAGGAUCAUAAAGAUGAAGUGGAGAGGCUGUCCAAGAUGAGGGCUGAUGCAGAUGUGCAGCUCGUCCGAAGUAUGCAACAAAUCAAGGACUUGGCAGCUGAGAGGGACCUCCAAGAACUCGCCGACCUCAAGACUGCGGUGCAGGCAGUGGUUGACAUGGUCGACCCUAUUGAAGGUGGAGAAGCCGGGGGCAAGUCUUUAGUGGAGCGACUUCGUGAAGCCCCACAAAAGAUUACCGGCUUCCUAUCUGAGACGUCAAGGCAGUACGCAGCGCAUGUCUUGGGGUUGGUGACGUCGUACUGGCCUGGGGCAAACUCGACUCCACUUGGCGAUGGGCUAUCCGCAAAGUGCUCAGAUGAAAAGUUCGCCAAGUACUUGGAUGAAGCGAAGCCCGUUGCAGACAAGAUUGUAUAAAGCUUGGAGUAGGGUUCUGACACUGAAGCGUAGAUUUCCUGUCGUGUCUUGGGACUUGUGAAUUCAUGAUCAUGGAUUGUUUGUGAUCAUGCUCUUGUUUGUUCCUGCAUGAUUUGUAA